AUGAUCUUCAGGCGAAGAAAUUUCUGACAUAAGUAUCCAUCACAUUGAUUUUUGAAGCAAAUCGACAAGAUGAUUAUAAUAUUUAUCGCAAUGAGUUUGGAAACAAUGGAAUACAGAAAACUUGGAACUUCAGGGCUCAAAGUCUCUGCCCUAAGCUAUGGGUAUUUGACGACCACUUUUGAAAAUGAUCACGAGCUUCAUAAAAACUUGCUUGACCGCUGUGUCAGGGCUGGCAUAAAUUUUAUAGACACUUCCGAGUUCUAUGGUAACGGCAACUCUGAAACCAUCCUCGGUGAAAAUCUUAAAGAAAUAGACCAUGAUAGAGAUGAUUUAAUUAUUUCUACUAAGCUUCAUCCUACAGCUUUAGGCUCUAUCCAAGGACUAACCAGAAAAAGAAUUGUCCUUGGGCUCAAUAAUUCUUUACAAAGGCUCCAGCUUGACUAUGUUGAUGUCCUUUCUCUCCAUAGAUUUGACUAUGAAGUCCCUUUAAAAGAGCAGAUUGCAGCUAUUAAUCAGCUUAUUGAGACUGAAAAAGUUUUCUAUUGGGGAAGCUCCAUGUUCACCCCUCAGCAGCUUGCUCAAUGUUAUGCAAUUUGUGAGAAAUAUGGAUAUUUAUACCCAAUUGUGGAACAAUGUGAAUAUAGUAUGCUGCAAAGGCAGAUGGUAGAGGUUGAUUAUACUCCACUUUUUGAUGAAUUUAAGUUGGGGACUGCUGUGUGGGGGCCGUUAGCUGGAGGAUUAUUGAGUGGGAAAUAUAAUGAUGGAAAUAUCCCGUCUGAUUCAAGAUUUGGGAAAUAUCAGCACCCAAUUUUGGAUACUCAAUGGAAAAAACUUGUGGGGUGGAGGAAAAAUAAUGGCUCAGAACUUUUCCUGGAGCUUAAAAAAAUAUCAGAAGAUCUUGGCUGUACUCAAUCUCAGCUAGCGCUUGCUUGGGUACUUAGAAAUCCUGAUGUAUCAACUGCGCUAUUCGGGGCGAAAACUUUGGCUCAAAUUGAAGAUAAUUUGGGUGCUCUUUCUGUCAUUAAAAAUCUGAAUAAAUCUACUCUUGAUAGAAUUGAAGAAGUUCUUGACAAUAAGCCUGCGACUGCUAUUAACUAUAGAACUUUUACUCCAAGUCCUCCAAGAAUUUAA